CACUACUAUAAAUGACUGUCUGAGUUCUGAGUCUGAGAUCUGAGAAACUUUUUCGCACUCAGAGUCUCAGAUGCGAUCACGUUAAUCAACUAUAGCGUUUGUACCAUACAUACAUCGGUGUGAUCUCGUGAUAUUCCUCGUGACUACUUCGAUAAAAAUCAACGAGAAAAUUAUCAAUGAACUCAAGAAAAUGAUAAAAUUUCACACACGCAUGCACGCUAUUCUAGGCAUGAAAGCGCUUCCAGCUUAAAAAUCGUUUGUUAUUGCACUUUGUAAGUGUUAAAGCCUUAAGUUUCAUCUCGUAAGAUGUUGAAAAACGGAGAGAAGAAAUUAGUGAAACAAUGCGAAUUUUUCGAUGUGACCCUCAUUCGGUGUAUCGAAAAUUGACAACAUGUUUAAUCGUCUAAUCCCAUAAAAUCCUCGAACAGGUUAUGCGGAAGAUUAUGCGCGAAUAAAAUGGAUUGAUCUCACACUGAUUUGAAACAAACGUUGACGAAUGACGGUAUAUCCUAUAUUCCCUUAUGAAUAUCAUCAUUUAAAACCUAACAAUGGAGCGAAAUGGUGCUAGAGAGAUGGAAGAACGUAGAUGCAUUCGAGAUACUGGGAAGGCCUUAAAGAAGUAUGGGAGUACAGCUAAACACAUGACAAGGACCGAAAGUUUAGUGAAACACACGGUGUGUUCUACAGAUACCCUCCAAGGAAUAGCUCUGAAAUAUGGAGUUACGACAGAACAAAUAAGAAGGAUUAAUAGACUAUGGGCUUCAGACAGUUUAUUUUUACGAGAACAUUUGCUUAUUCCUAUUAAUACAGAUAAUUCUGCUUCUAUAUGUAAUAAUGAAUCGGUAGCUUCUGAAGAACAUGACAUCCCUCCAAAUAUAUCUAGUCCUUCUUCAAUAUCAUCUAUUGAUGAUGAAAGUUCAGUUAACGAUUUCUUAGCUAAAAUGGAUACUUCAAUAGCUAAUGUCAAAAAAGAAGUCAAACGCGCUCAAGGGAACAGUGAAUUCUGUGCUGAUAGCAAUGAUGUUUAUGUACAACGACGGCAUGGAUCUGCUAAAUUACGAAAUUCAUUUCCUAGUAUGUCGAAUACCUAUUCGACACCUUCCUCUGAUUUUGUCAGGCCCAUGUCCUCUAGUGAUAUGCAUAAUUUUCCAACUGCUGUAGUAAUGACGCAAGGAAAAAAAGUAAAGACUUCUUUACAAAGACUCGAGCAGCAACAAGACGAAAUGUUCCAGUUGUAGCGUUUAAGUUUCAUUGGGUUGUAAUAUCCUGAUUGUCGACUGUUAUUAAAAAGCUUGUAGGAAAGGA